AUGCCCUUGUGCUUUGUUUCCUCUCUGCAGGACAGCCUGGAGCACAAGAUCUGCCUGUAUGAGCUCUCUGACUUCAAGGGCAACAAGAUGGAGAUCCAGGAGGAUGAUGUGCCCACCCUCUGGGCGCAUGGCUUCUGUGACAGAGUGGGCAGCGUGAGGGUGCCUGGAGGAGCGUUUGUGGGUUACCAGUACCCUGGAUACAGAGGCUACCAGUACCUGUUUGAGUGCGGUGAUUACAGACACUACAACGACUUCAGCGCCUUCCAGCCCCAGAUCCAGUCCAUUCGUCGUAUCAGGGACAUGCAGUUCCACCAGAGAGGAUGCUUCACCUUCACCUCCGCCAGCAAGUGAACCACACCUGCCGGCCGUCUGGUGCUGCGGUAGCCAUGCAGCCCCUCUCAGCUUUUUAUCUCUCCAAACGGCCACUACCAAAACUUUCCUAAAUUUCCACCAUCGACGCUCCAUCCCAAAGGAAAGAAACAAUGAGAGCAUAAACACGGGACAACAUUCACUGACUUUUUAUGGUGCUAAAAAAUAAACAUGUUGUGAAAAA